AUGUUCCAGCACCUGUUUCGCGCGGGCAGUGGAAUUCGGUCUACAAUUGGCCUGCGCCUGCAGCCCACCGCCAUACACCAGCGCGCACGGCCGCUGGUAUUCCGCAACCAGCGACUGAUGGCAACGAACCGGCGGGUGUCGCCGCGCGAAGAGUUCCUCCGGCACCAAGAGCUGGCGCGGCGCAGGAACGUCUCGGGCAUUCUCUACGUGAGCUCGUUUGUGAUAACCUUCCUCGGCAUCUCGUAUGCGGCUGUGCCUCUCUACCGCCUGCUGUGCAAAACCACCGGCUACAUGGGCACGCCCAAGACAGAGCCAACGGUGCGCGAUGUGGAGACGCUCAAGCCAUUGGAAGGGCACCGCAAGCUGCGCAUAAAGUUUUCGGGCCAGGUCUCGACGGUGCUGGACUGGUCGUUCAAGCCCGAGCAGCGCCAGGUGACGGUGGUGCCGGGCGAGACCUGCGUUGGCUCGGUUGUGGGUAUUGCGACGUACAAUGUCAUUCCGGAGCAGGCGGCGCCGUAUUUCAACAAGAUCCAGUGCUUCUGCUUUGACGAGCAGAUGCUGGAUCCGAAGGAGGAGAUCGAUAUGCCUGUGUUUUUCUUCAUUGAUCCCGAGUUUGCCGACGAUCCACUGAUGGACGAUAUCGACACGAUUACGCUCUCGUACACGUUCUUCAAGGCCAGCGGCCGGUAG